AUGCCUUCACCAAAUCUUGGCCUGAAGUUUUCCCUGGGCUCGGGCUGUCUUGCGGCUCUGGUAAUCCGGAAUUUUGCAUUUCCCAACUUGUCAGCUGCCAAAACCAGUCUGCUUGCGCCGGUACUGGGCUUUUGUCUAGCUGUCAUCUGGAGGAUCAUUCUCUAUCCAAAAUUCUUUAGCCCUUUUCGGGACUUGCCAAGCCCACCUGGGGGUACGUUUCUCAACGGCCAAACAUGGAGGAUUCUGAAACAAGGCUCCAGUGCGCCUCUGGAGGAAUGGGGCAACACGAUCGAGAAUGACGGCAUAAUUCGGGUCAAUGUGGCGCUCAACUCGGAGAGACUACUUGUGACGUCGAUAGAAGGUAUUGCGGAUGUGCUUGUCAGGAACGCAGACAACUGGAGAAAGCCAGAGGCUCUGCGGCACUCGCUCGCCUCCGUCAUUGGCGACGGCCUGAUCGUGUCCGAGGGAAAUGCACACAAGGUGCAAAGGAAGAACAUGAUGACGGCUUUCACGGGCCCAAGGGUGAAAGCACUUUAUCCCCAGUUUUGGAGUAGAGCCUACGACGGUGUGGAGGCGAUUGCGCAAGAUGUAAAAAAGAGCGUGGAGAUGGGCCACGCCUCGAUCAAGGCUGACGCAUCUGACGGUGAGGUCGGCGAGGUAGCCUUUACUGACUGGCUGCGGCGAAUCACGCUCGACAACAUCGGGGAGGUCGGGUUCGGGUUCAACUUCAACGCGAUCCGAGAGCCCGAGACGGAAGUGAACCUCACCUACGAGUUCCUCUUCAAGUCGCACGAGACCCACGUGGCAGUGACCUUCCUCGAGGCGCUGGCCGACUUCUUCCCCGUCUUUUGGCUGCAGAGGCUGCCCAUCCAACACAACAUCCGCACCAGGGCGGCCGUGGACACCAUCCGGGGCAUCAUCCGCGCCGUGAUCCAGGCCAAGCGCAGCCCGGACGAUGAGCCCUCGGCGGCGGUGGACCUCAUCUCGGUCGCCAAGAGCUCGGGCGCCUUUGACGACGAGAGCCUCGUCGACCAGAGCAUGACCUUCCUGGUCGCCGGGCACGAGACGGUCGCGGGCUCGCUGGCCUGGGGCCUCGUGGAGCUCUGCCGCCGCCCCGAGAUGCAGGCCCGGCUGCGGGACGAGGUGCGCAGCCGCCUUCCGUCGCCGGCCGACCCCGCCGCCCAGGUCGGCGAGCGCGACUUCCACGCCCUGCCCUAUCUGCAGGCCUUUUGCAGCGAGGUCCUGCGCUUCUACCCGUCGGUGCCCGCCACGCGGCGGGAGGCCAUCGCCGACACCGUCCUCCUCGGCAGGGCCAUCCCCAGGGGGACGCAGCUGCUGAUAUCGCCCGCGGCCACGAACAGAUCCCGGGCGCUGUGGGGUGACGACGCUGGCGAGUUCAACCCGGAGAGGUGGCUGUUGCCGGGGCAGGCCAACAAUGGCGGUGCAGAUAGUAACUAUGCCAACCUGACAUUUCUGCAUGGGCCACGCUCUUGCAUAGGCGCCACUUUUGCCAGAGCAGAGUUCCUCUGCAUCAUUGCUGCCAUCGUCGGGCGCUUUGAACUGUCGUUUGCGGAUGCAGAUAAGGGUGCCGAAGUUCUCAGCUCUGGAUUUACAGAGAGGCCAAAGGGGGACUUGCUCCUAAGAACCAGGCUUAUUCAUGGUGCUUGGUAG